AUGCCUUAUCACCGUGAAUGUUUCUUGGUUGUCGGUGCUCAGUCGUGCCACAGCGUAGCCGCCGCGACCUACCCUGGCCUUCCCUUUGAGGGUUACCAACGUCUGGAACAUCGUCGCCGCCGCUGGCUGAAGGACACCUUUGCACGGGACCUCUUCCAGGUUCUUCGUGGGCGUGUCCCCCAAGAAGUUUGCGGAAACAUCGCCGUCUACUUUGCUCGUGAACGAGCCAUACGAGUUUUCCAACAGCAUUGGUUACAGAACCAUCCGCUCCGGCAAGGAAACAUAUCAGUCCCUGUCCACCGCGGCGUGACACUAUGGGCUCAGUAUGUUCAUUAUGAGGGCAAUCGGUACAUCCGGUCGUUCUCGUAUGACUCACGCGGUGGUGACGAGGACGUUGUUCUUGAUUGGAAUACCGAGAAACUCCCCAAUGUCUUCAUCCGCCAUAGCGGCCUGGGAGUCAACAAGAUUAUCGUCACCGAAGAUGAUGAAGCCCCUAACGUGGAGCAAGUUGAAGGGGGCAUGUUUUACUUGAAAGCAACACUUGAUGGCGUUAAGAUUCGACACUUGGGUAUUGUCAAAUCUCCAGACAGAUUUUUGGAGUUCCAAUACGAUGGCCCUUGUGAGAUACGAUGGGCUAUACCUCCAGCACCCGUCAAGCACUCGCCAAAAAUCCCACUUCCUAAAGACCUUGAUUCCCAAUUCGUACGAGCCUUUGAUUGGAACAAGCCUGGGACAUUGGGUUAUUCUUUCCUUGUUUUAGGCGAUGUCAUUCUUCAUUUCAAUUCUCACCAGGCCGGAACGUCAGCAGCUCCUGAGGACUAUGACCGAUUUGGCAUCUAUCCUGUCACGCGACUCUAUCUUGCCAUGAGCCCUGGCGAGAGUGUCUCAGAACUCUGGGUCCGCACCUAUUACGAAACUCAUUCCACACUCAUCGUCGUCACGAAUUACAGCCGCAGCUUCGUCGUUGGUACCCAGGCUGAUCUGCCCAGUGCAACAUAUCAUGCCAUUGCUAAAUUACCACAGAACAAGCCCUGUCGUAUGUUUCACGCAGAGUCAUACUAUUGCGACAUCGCGUGGCUUCACUUCGAUUCCGUGUCCACAUGGAGACACCCAGAAAAGCGUCAAAUCCAGUCUAUCUGGGGAAGUGCGCUGGAGUGGCCGACCCAUUUGUUCCCAAGACAUCGACCAGCCUAUUAUACAUCGGCGAAACUGGAUGGUGUCAGGGAGAUUACGCCUUGUAUGAUGCUCCCGUUAUGGUACCAUGGCCAGGGCGAAAAGAUCACCGGCCUGCUGCUCUCUUACACUAAUGGUACUCGGAGCUCUGUCGGGGAGGUUCGCCCCGACAGACUGGGAACACCAAAGGCCGUGAUUUCAGAUACUAUGUUCAUACAGUACAAGGGUACUUCUCAAGAUGUUCUAGAAGCGAACAGACACCUAGUGGAAUUUGGAAUCGACUGGUUCGGAUUUUCAGAACCACUAUCCUCUGUCUCUUCCGAUGAGAAAAUUGAUAACGUCGAUGACGAAUCUCACGAACGGACGACGUCUCCCAGGCAGGGGAUGAUUCUAGCGAAGACGGGGAUUAUCACGAGCCUGUCAAACCCUGAUGACUACUAUGAACUGUUGUAUGACAAGCGCAGUACACUAAAAGACGAGAUGCGUCAUGUCCUCGCUGAGCACGCUACUAUGGCCAGACAGGAGCCGAUCGUCAAAUCAUUGUCCAUCUUGGUUGGGGAUGUUGGUCCAGACAAUCUUGAGAGAGUUUACCAAAAUGCCGAAAACAAUGACAACUACGACAUCUUCGGGCUUUGA